AUGGAAAGGUCUCCCUCCCCGGGGGAGAAGGCGCGGAGGCGGCGGGAGGAGCGGGAGCGGGAUAGUCUUGAGCGGAGCGGGUCUGAGGGGGAUGGACGGAGAGGGGGGCCGCUGGGGGGCGGAGGAGAGGGGGAAGAGGUGGGAACGCGCGGGGGAUGGGAGAGGAGGGGAGGGGGAUUGGAAGGAGGAGCGGCUGGGGAUGGUGGGGGUGGGUAUUACGGUGGUGGUGGGGCAUAUGGUGCAGUGGGGGCGGCGGGAGGGGAUGUGGAUAUGUCAGCUGCCGAUGCUUCACUGAGUGGCUACGGUGAUGCCGCUGCUGCUGCUGCUGCUGGUGCUGCUGCUUCUGUGCUGCCCCCUAUGCCGCCCCUGCCUCCGCCUCCCCCGCCGCCCAUUGACCCGGAGGCAGAGAUGAGGAUGAUGCAGAUGAUGGGCAUUCCCAUGGACUUCAACACCACCAAGGGCAAGGAGGUGAAGGGAGCCAAUCAACUGAGCGCUGUGAAGCUGUCAACUAAGAGACAGCCACGUCAGUACAUGAACAGAAGAGGUGGUUUUAACCCCAUGGCUUCCGCUGCACAGAUCAGCUCAGCUGCUCUCAGGAUCCCAGAGAGGUCCGUCUAUGGCGGCUCGUUCGCCACAUUCUCGGGAUUGUCGGCUGAGAAGACUUCCACCGCUCGCAUGACCGUCAGUGUGCAAGGUCAAACCAGCCACUCGGCUCUGCUAGUGGAGGCCAGGGAGGCAACCCGGAGAGAGAAGGUCAAGAACCGUCACAUGCGGAUCCGCAAAAAGUUGAGCGGCACCACCGAGAGGCCACGCCUCGCUGUGUUCCGCUCCAACAACCACAUCUACGCGCAGGUGGUUGACGACACCAAGCAGCACACUCUCGCCGCCGUGUCCACCCUCACACCCGCCCUCCGUGAGGAGCUGAAGCUUACCGCUGGUCCCACUGUGGAGGCAUCGCGGCGUGUGGGGCAGGAGAUUGCUAAGAUCUGCUUGGAGAGGGGAAUCAACAAGGUGGCCUUUGACCGCGGGGGUUUCGUGUACCACGGCCGCAUCCAGGCUCUUGCAGAUGGUGCGCGUGAGGGUGGCCUUGAGUUUUAA